CUGCCCAUUAUAAACAUAGUAUAUAUAAAUAAGAAAUAUAGUUUAUAAUUAUCUUUGCUUUGUUUCUCAACUUAAUAUCCAUCUUGGGUUGAGGUUUCAUUAUUACAACCUUUUAUGAUGUCAUGUUGUGUGAACUGAUGAAGUACUACUUUGAAAGUUUAAAUGCCAUUGGAUAUACCAGAGUAUUGACUACUUACAUCAGUAUAGGUUAAACAGAGUGGUGCGAGUCGUAAUUUAUGAUUUUGUUGGAAAGUGACUAGAUGGAAUUCCUGUACGGACAAACAAAGGAAUUUAAUGGGAAGAUUAUAAGACUCGGAAACAAACCCCAGAUUGGGAAAUUUUUUUUAUAGCUUGUUAGACAUUUUUUUUUACUCUAAAAAAAUGUUGUUGUUUUUUUAAACCAAAAUUAGAUACUACUUAGUAAGUUUUCUUCAAGUGUUUAAGUAUUUCCACUGUGGAAAUAAAAAAUCAAAUCAAAGUAUAUCAGUUACACCCAUCUAUUCUGGAAAUAACUAAGAGAGAUUUUUCUUUUACUGUUUGAAGUAAAUAUUUAACUUUAAUAUAUGGAUUCAGAACUUUGUGUUCAGCAUAUAAAAUAUUUCUAGACCUUAGUAAUAGAUAUAUUAACAAGAUUUCCUGAGUUUAAUAUCAAUUGUUUUGAAGACGUGUUAUUUUUAUUGUCUUAUCUAAUUACGAAGGGCCGAUGUGUAACACAUUUAACUUUAAUAUAUGGAUUCAGAACUUUGUAUUCAGCAUAUAAAAUAUUUUUAGACCUUAGUAAUAGAUAUAUUAACAAGAUUUUCUGGGUUUAAUAUCAGUUGUUUUGAAGACGUGUCAUUUUUAUUGUCUUAUCUAAUUACGAAGGGCCGAUGUGUAACAUAUUUAACUGCAAUUUGUGGAUUCAAUGAGCAUAAACUUUAUGCUCUUUUAUUUCAGCUCUACAUGUUUCAGUUGUUCCGAAGCUUAGCUUACAUUCAUCUUUAUGCUCUUUUGUUUCAGCUGUUCCGAAGCUUAGCUUACAUUUAUCUUUAUGCUCUUUUGUUUCAGCUGUUCCGAAGCUUAGCUUACAUUCAUCUUUAUGCUCUUUUGUUUCAGCUCUACAUGUUUCAUCUGUUCCGAAGCUUAGCUUACAUUCACCUUUAUGCUCUUUUAUUUCAGCUCUACAUGUUUCAGCUGUUCCGAAGCUUAGCUUACAUUCAUUCUUUAGGAAUCUGUCAUCGGGAUAUCAAGCCACAAAAUUUGCUUCUGGAUCCAGAAACAGGAGUUUUGAAGUUAUGUGAUUUUGGAAGUGCUAAAAACCUUGUUAAAGGCGAACCAAAUGUUUCAUACAUUUGUUCACGCUAUUAUCGGGCACCAGAAUUGAUAUUUGGUGCCACUGACUACACAGCGAUGAUUG